AUGGGGAUUUCCAGGGGGCCUCCUGCGCCCUUCCUCUUCGUCGUCCUCAUCCUCGUCCAGGUUUGCUGGCCGCGGUGCGCAGCAUCUGAACCGUGCAGGGCGGGCUUCGGGGAGGCUGAAGUGACCUUGGAGGCGGGAGGUGCGGAGCUGGAACCAGGCCAGGCACUGGGGAAAGUUUUCACAGGCUGCCCUGGGCAAGAGUCAGCCUUGCUUACCACUGAGGAUGACAACUUUGCUGUGCUGAGUGACGGAACCAUCCAGCUGAAACAGCGUGUCCAACUGCAGGAUGGGAGGAGGACAUUCUCCGAAAGGAAGACAUUGGGGAGCUUCCCAUAUAAACGUAUCUUAAGAAGACGCAAGAGAGAGUGGGUGGCCCCACCAAUUUAUGUCCCUGAGAAUGGCAAGGGUCCCUUUCCCCAGAGGCUAUAUCAGCUCAAAUCUAAUAAUGACAGAGGCACCAAGAUUUUCUACAGCAUCACAGGGCCUGGGGCUGAUAGCCCUCCCGAGGGUGUCUUUACCAUAGAGAAGGAGAAUGGCUGGUUGUUGUUGAGUAAGCCACUGGACCGAGAGAAGAUUGCCAAGUAUGAGCUCUUUGGCCAUGCUGUGUCUGAGAACGGUGCCUCCGUGGAGGAGCCCAUGAACAUCUCCAUCAUUGUGACAGACCAGAAUGAUCAUAAGCCCAAGUUCACCCAGGAUGUUUUCAGAGGGAGCGUCUUGGAGGGAGCACUGCCAGGCACUCCUGUGAUGCAGGUGACAGCUACAGAUGAGGACGAUGCCAUCAACACCUACAAUGGGGUGAUUGCUUACUCCAUCCAUAACCAAGAGCCAAAGGACCCACAUGAUCUCAUGUUUACCAUCCACCGAAGCACAGGCACCAUCAACGUUGUCUCCAGUGGCUUGGACCGGGAAAGGGUACCUGAGUACACACUGACCAUUCAGGCCGCAGACAUGAAUGGAGAUGGCUCCACCACCACGGCAGUGGCAGUGGUGGAAAUCCUUGAUGCCAAUGAUCACGCACCCAUGUUUGAGCCUCAGGAGUAUGAGGCCCAGGUGCCUGAAAACGCAGUGGGCCAUGAGGUGCAGCGGCUGACAGUGACUGAUUUGGACAUCCCCAACUCGCCAGCAUGGCAUGCCACCUACCACAUUGUGGGAGGUGAUGAGGGGGACCAUUUUACCAUCACCACCCACCCUGAGAGCAACCAGGGUAUCCUGACAACCAGGAAGGGCUUGGAUUUUGAGGCCAAAAACCAGUAUACCCUGUACGUUGAAGUGACCAAUGAGAGUCCUUUUGUGGUGAAGCUCUCGACUUCCACAGCCACCAUAGUGGUCCACGUGGAGGAUGUGAAUGAGCCACCCGUGUUUGUCCCACCCUCCAAUGUCAUCGAGGUCCAGGAGGGCAUCCCUGCUGGGGAGCCCGUCUGCACCUACACUGCACAGGACCCUGACACGGAGAAUCAGAAGAUCAGCUACCACAUUCUGAGAGACCCAGCAGGGUGGCUGGCAAUGGACCCAGACAGUGGGCAGGUCACUGCUGUGGGUGUCUUAGACCGCGAGGAUGAGCAAUUUGUGAAGAACAAUAUCUACGAAGUCAUGAUCUUGGCCACGGAUGAUGGGAGUCCUCCUACCACUGGCACAGGAAUGCUCCUGCUAACGCUUAUCGAUGUCAAUGACCAUGGUCCAGUCCCUGAGCCCCGACAGAUCAAGAUCUGCAACCAGAACCCUGUGCCCCAAGUGCUGAACAUCACAGACAAGGACCUGUACCCCCACACCUCCCCUUUCCAGGCCCAGCUCACCCACGACUCAGACAUGCACUGGAUGGCAGAAGUCAAUGAGAAAGGAGACACAGUGGCCUUGUCCCUGAAGAAGUUCCUAAAGCAAGACACAUAUGACGUGCACCUUUCUCUGUCUGACCACGGCAAUAAGGAACAGCUCACAGUGAUCAGAGCCACCGUGUGUGACUGUAAUGGCCACGUGGGAACCUGCCCUGAACCCUGGAAGGGGGGUUUCGUCCUCCCCAUCCUGGGGGCUGUCCUGGCUCUGCUGUUCCUCCUGUUGGUGCUCCUCUUGCUGGUGAGGAGGCGGCGGAAGGGCAAGGAGCCCCUCCUGCUCCCAGAAGAUGAUACCCGCGACAACGUCUUCUACUAUGGUGAAGAAGGGGGUGGCGAGGAAGACCAGGACUAUGACAUCACCCAACUCCACCGGGGUCUGGAGGGCCGGCCUGAGGUGGUUCUUCGCAACGAUGUGGCACCAACCUUCAUCCCCACACCCAUGUACCGUCUGCGUCCUGCCAACCCGGAUGAAAUUGGCAACUUCAUCAUCGAGAACCUGAAGACGGCUAACAGCGACCCCACGGCCCCACCCUACGACUCCCUGUUAGUGUUUGACUACGAGGGCAGCGGCUCCGAGGCUGCUUCGCUGAGCUCCCUUACCUCCUCAGCCUCGGACCAGGACCAAGAUUACGAUUACCUGAAUGAGUGGGGCAGCCGCUUCAAGAAGCUGGCGGACAUGUACGGCGGCGGCGAGGACAACUAG